AUGCACGACAAGGACGAGGGCGAGGAGGACGAGGACGAGGACGAGGGCCAGGUGAAAGAGCAGCAGCAGCAGCAGGAGCAGCGGCAGCCGGCGGCCCCGCCGCACAGCGGGGCACCGCGCCUUCACCGAUCGGGCUGCGCGGCGAGAUUAUUGACGUCGCCGCGGUGCAGAUGCGCGACCGUUGCUCGGCGGCGUGCCCGAGGGGAGAGGCAUGGGGGAAGCGGACCCUCCCAGAAGAGGAGGAGGAGGAGGAGGAGGAGGAGAGGAGGAGGAGGGAGGAGCGGCGCGGGCCUCUCGGAGCAGGCCUGCUCCCGCUCCCCCCCCCCCCCUCGGGGCCAGCUGCCGAGCUGCCUCGGGGCAAGCUGA